AUGUCGGCCAAAUACGCAUUCUCGCAGACCUUGAAGGAAGUCAGGUUUUUAUUUUGUCAGACCGGCGCUCAAAGUAAUGCUACUAGUAAAGCUAGAUCUGAUAAACCCCGCUCUAGAUCAUUCCUCGCAAGAACAUACCCAACGAUGAAAAAGCACAACCCAAAUACACCAAUAAUGUUGAGAGAGGCGGCGGGUACACAACCAAAGGUUUACGCAAGAUAUGAGUUUGGAAGGGAGGUCAGUGAGGAUUUGGCUGGACUAUCGGAUAAAGAAAUCGAGGACAAGGUCACAGGAUUAGUCCAGCAAUAG